GGGACAAAGACUUCCACUGACUUUUAUGCUGAUAACAAAGAGAAUUAACAGUUCCACCUGUUCCCUUCUCAUGCAAUGUUGUAGUGUUUUAUCAUUCUUCAGAGCUAUAUGAACAACUACAUGUAUUUUAAGAAGUUUCAAUUUUUUAUCCAACUUCUUUGCAGAAAAUGUCUAUUCCACCAAAGUAUGAUGACCUUGGUAAAGAGUCCAGGGAUGUGUUUGGAAAGGGAUACGGUAAGACAGAGCCAAAUGUAAGAGCUGUUGGAAAUUGUCAAUUGAGUUAGCUUGUCACUUUUGGUAAAACCCUCUUCACAGCAUCAAUUUGUCAAAAUUCUGUUAUCAUCUGUUUUAGGAUUUGGGUCAGUCAAGCUUGACUUAAAGACAAAAACAAAAAACAAUGUGGUAAGAAAAAUGGACUUAUAUGCAUGAAGUUAAAUUUUAAUCUUACUUUAACCCUUCAACUCCCAGACCAAAUUUGUAAUUCUCCUUACUGUCAAUCAUACAAUUCUUCUAAUGCUAGUUCAGAGAAUUUAGUAUUGGAUCAACUAAUUAUCCCCAAAUUAAUAGUUUCCCUUAUUCUCAUCACUUGUCUAGUUGAUAUUUUAAGGAGUCUUGGUCACUCAUAGGAGUUAAAGGGUUAAUGAGCAUUACCACUAGUAUUUGUUUGUGUAUGUUUCUAUCUUUGGAGUGAUUAUGUGGGUCACCUGACAUAAUAACUUUGGACUUUGUUCAAGAUCAUGUUAUAGUUAAGUUCUAGUAUAACUUAUUUUAAAUGUAAUAAUAGUUGUGAAGUGUUUUCUCUACCAGCUGAUACACUGUUUGUUCGUUUUAAGGAAUUUGUAACCUCUGGUUCAUCUAACAAUGACACAGGAAAGGUGUUUGGUAGUUUGGAAACAAAGUACAAAUAUGCAGAUUAUGGUAAGCAAACAACUAGAGCACCGAACAGCAGGCCAAGAAAACCUUCAUAUGACUCUGAUAAGAGUUAACUAAAUUUUUGAAGCUAGUUUAGAUGUAACUGGGUCAGAGAAAUAGGCUCGAGUCUAACCCAUGCUCAUUAGUAACAUGAGACUUGAUCCCUAGGGAUGUAUUGGAGGUCAAUGUGUUUUUAAUUAGAUAUGCUGUAAGCAUAUGUUCUUACAAGAGGUGUUGAAUGUUUUGUGUUCAAUAGGUGUUACCUUGGCUGAGAAAUGGACGACAGACAAUUUCCUGACCUCGCAAAUCACAGUAGAAGAUCAGGUACAUUCAGUUUUUAGCACUGAUAUUCUAUGGUGUGUACAUUUCUAUGAUCUUGCAGCUAGAUGUGACUCAUGGCACAUAAGCUCUGCCUACUGAUAGUAUAAGCAAGUAUUUUUCUAUUCUCUUUUGUAACAGAUAGCCAAAGGACUCAAAUUGGAAUUUGACACAAGCUUUGCACCCAACACUGGGUGAGUGCAGUAUUAAAUACUGUUGUCCUUUAUGGUGGUUAUGAAUUGUAAAAACUUUAUAUGUGCCCCAUUUCUAAAGGGUUAAGCUUCCAAUUCAAGGCUAAAUGCCUCUCCAGAAUCUAUCAAACUUCCUCUUGGUAGUAAUGGAUUUCUAUUGAAACACACCAGGUAAAUUGGUUAACAUUUACCCUGAAGAAGUUUUACUGUACCAUGCAUUUGACUUUAAAUCAAUGGAAAUUUUAAAUAAUUUCAUUUUCCUCACUGUCAUAUUCAUAAUCACAAUCUUAACCCUUCAACUCCCAUGAGUGACCAAGACAGAAUUUUUCCCUACAAUAUCAAUACAAUAUCAACCAGAUAAGUGAUGAGAAUAAAGACAAAUAUCAAUUUGGAGAUAACUAGGUGAUCCAAUACAACAUUCUCUAAACUAACAUUUAAGAAUUGUAUGGUUGACAGUAAGGAGAAUUACAAAUUUGAUCUGGGAGUCAAAGGGUUAAGCAAAGGACAUGAAAAUCACUUUGGUUUUUAAUAAUUAUAUCAGAACAGGAAAAAGUUUCAACCACACAAUCCCAAUCUAGUAAGGAAGUUAAUCCUUAUUUGUAUAUGGAUUUAAUAUCAACUUACCCUUUUUAUUGCUGAUUCAAUUGCAACCUGAUGCAUGUUUAGGAAGAAAUCUGCCAAGAUAAAGAGUGCUUACAAGCAGGAUUACUUCCAUGGCACUGGUGAUGUUGACUUUGAUUUUGCUGGUCCAACAGUUCAAGCGUCUGCAGUUGUAGGGUAAGUGUUUCUCUGCAAAGCUCUUUGUAAAAAAUUGGCCUUUGGGUCCAUAGUUGUUUAGUGUUGAGCUCAAAAUAUAGUUAGAACCCAAAAAACAAUUUGACUAAUUUGACAAAGGAUUUGAGCUGCAAUGUAAGAUUUUUGCAACUUUUUGCAACUUGUUUUGUUAUCCAGGAGGUACAUAUAUUUUACUCUUGCAUGAUGUUUUUGUGAUUCCAGAUAUGAAGGCUGGGUGGCUGGUUAUCAGGCUGCUUAUGACACUGCCAAGUCUAAACUGAUUGGCAACAACUUUUCCUUUGGUUAUCGAGGAGGUGACUUCCACAUUCACUCCUCUGUGUAAGUAAAGUUCUUUCCUGUUACAUGGAAUCUUAAAAGGGCAAGACAUCCCCAGAUUCAUCUGAUCAGAAAACAUCAAAGGCUUGAAUGAAUCUGACAGGGUUGACCAAUUUGCUUUUGUUUCUAGGAAUGAUGCCUCUAGAUUUACUGGAUCAAUUUAUCACAAGGUAAGGUAUCUUGGGUUUACCAAAUGGCAUCUUAACAACACAUUUUCUUAAAUGAGGUUCUUAAGUGAGGGAACUACAACAAGUUUUAAAAGCAUAGAAAAGUCAGCUGGAGACAGCUCUACUCCCCCAACCCUUGCACGAAAAUCUUUUCUUCUGUGUUAGUAGCUCUUCACAAGAAGUUAAGGAGGCUACAAAAUCAGUGACAUUGAUGAUGAUCACAACAAUUUGUUUUCAGCUUAGCAGCAACCUUGAUGCUGCAGCAGAGCUCAACUGGGCAUCUAGUAGCAGCAGUACUUCAUUCCAAGUUGGUUGCAAGUAUGAUGUAGACAAAGAUGCAUCUUUUAGGGUAGGUAAACUAUUAUACUACUGUGCAAUGUGGCAGCAUUGUUACCAAGAGUCAUGCCUUAAGUACACAUACUCUUCUGCCUAUGAAAAUCCUUUAAAACAGUACCAUUGCAGCUUUACAUGGUGAUACAUUAUUAUUACUCUUAAGGUUACUUCCCACCUUCAGAGGCUGAAAAGGUUGAUUUUUCUCUUAUUUGACUUGCUGAAUUCAAACAUUCAACCUAACGUUUCCAUAAAAAAAUUUCUGAAAUCUUUAAAAGCACCCCAAUAUGUAGAAAAAUGUAUUUUUAAGUAAAAGUUAAUAAAUCAGAAGGUGUCAUAAUCUCAGACCUGGGUGAAUCCCCAGAGGGAAUUUUUGUGGCAACUGCUCAUUUUUAGGCUCGUUUUUUCAUGUUAUUUCCGUAUUUUGUUUACAUCAUGCACUUAACAAAAUUCACAUGUGGAAGCUCUUUGCUUAUGAAAAGACCUUUGGUCAUGGAAGGAAAACAUUGGUUGAAAAAAAACAAAAAAAAAAAAAAAAAACAGGUCCAAAGAAGAAAGACAGUGUACCAUUCUGUCACAACAAUAAAAAUUACUUUAUGAAAGCCACUAGUACUGGCAGAGCUCCAUGCUGGCAACCACACAAGGUUUCCUUUUCUUUAUGCAAGUACCAGCCUUGAUACAAAAAUAUUAAAAAUUGUUAUCUUGCUGCUCAGCACAUUUUGCAGUUUUCCCAUUUUUGCUGAGGGUUUUGCCUUUGCCUUUGCCUUUGCCUUUGGCAACUUUGCUCAUAAUUGUGUCCUCCUCUGUAACGCUUCCCUGAGCAAUUAAGAUUAAAAAAAUAAACAUGUCUGCAAUGGGUUAAUUUUCCUGGGAAAUCUUGAUCCAUUGCUAUUGACACCAGGAGGUCGCAUUGGCCCACUGGUUUGCUGUUUCAGGAGAGGGGAUAAUCUCCUGGCAUGGCGAGUGAGUGAAGUUGUAGGUUAUAUAGACUGGAGUGAUUUUCAUCAAAUUUUGCUAAAACAUUCCAGGAAUAAUGACAAAUGGAAGUGUGUAGAAAAAUGUUGAUAUUUGAAAUAUUUGUCCGAAUAAGACUGUGCAGUCAUUUUGCUGCUGCUGUGGCAUCCAAUACCCGAUAAAUUCAAUUGAAGAACCUUUGGUUGUUUCACACCUUACCAGCUCCUGACACUUCCUCAAUAGAAAAAAAGUUUAAAUUAGAUUUUUAUCAUAAUCUGCAGUUAUGAAGCUUUGUUAUGAUGUAUUGUGAGCUAGGAUUUUAGUGAAACUAGCAUGCAUACAAAUUUUUCCUGAAGGACACCUGAAGGUGGGAAGUAACCGUAAGGGGUUAGAUCUCAUUUAUAUGGGAGAACUUUUUUAAAGCAAAUUUUUACUCUCUGCUCUUUUCAAAGGCUAAAGUGAACAACAACAGCCAAGUGGGUGUAGCCUACACCCAGCGUCUUCGUGAUGGAAUCAAGCUCACUCUUUCUUCACUGAUUGACACCAAGAAUCUCAAUCAAGGAGGACACAAAAUUGGUCUGGGUCUGGACAUGGAAGCUUGAGAAGUUGGCAGUGAACUUUUCUCCUACAAUAAAACAACUGCUGAGUGAAGCAGUGUGUACUGAAAUUUAGUUUUUUUUUUUCAUUCAGUGUGAGAAAGCUUCUGCUUUACAGAGCAAAUGCUUUAAGGGCUAAAAUAUGUGUAAAGUCAGGCAUGCAUGCAAUUGAUUUGUUUUGAAUAAACUUCAAAGUAACCUGUUGCUUUCUUAUCCCAAGUGUUGUCUUGUGAAUUUUUUGAUACUGCUAAACUUCACUCAGGAGAUAUGAUAAUUGAUUGGUUAAAGCCUUACAGGUAAUAACAUACAAGAGUAAUCAAGAUGUUGGGCAUUUACGUAGGGUUUAAUUUCUCUUCUGUGGUUUUCGUUGUAAUUAUUAAAUUAAAACUAAAAGAGGAAGUGUUGUUGGUUCCUCUCAGGGAUAUGGGGCCUUCCAGGCUCACUUGAGCGUAACAAUGGUAAAUGAUGUUGAAGCUAACAUUUGUGGAGACAUGGGUUAUCUUUGGAUUACAGUUGAAUAGUUUUCCAGUUAAAUGUGACUUUUGGUGGUCCCUCGGGAAGGAAAUGAAAGGAGUAUUUUCUAAGAAAUUGCAUCAGAUAUAAUCUCGCCUUAAAGAAAUGUCACAUCCUACAUCAUUCGAGGAGUAGAGAGCUAGAAAUAUCUUAAAGCUAUGGUCUUUUACGUGUUGAAAAAAAUGCCUUGCAAAUGAAGUGAACAGUUUAUUCAAGUGAAAAAGGUAAAAAAACGUUCUCUGGUUAAAAAGGUUU